CGCGUGCGGAUGAUUCAGCAGCUCGUCCUCGGCUCGGACGGACCUCAGCAGGACAACCGAGCGGCUCUUAUUGUGACAUCGCUUCACCUGCCGAGAGCCGGCGCAGCCCGUGCAGGUGACGCGCAGAGCCGGGAGACCCCGUAGCGUUCCGCGGUGACCGGCCGGAGAGCAGCAGGCGGAACCCCGCAGCGAGACGCGACGUCCCCUCCGGAUUCUCUCCGCUUCUACGGUCCCGGUCCUCCCGGGCCUCCCGGACGUCCAGCUGGGAUCCUGUAACCGGACCUGCCGACGCGUUUCCGCGAUUCUACGCCGGCCGAUGCUCCGUUUUCCUGGCAGCUCCUGGUGAGCCGUGUCUCCAUGGUGAAGUGGGCGGGGUCUGAUGUCAGUCCGUCCUGCGGUCGCUCCCCCCGCCAUGCCCACCGUGGUCUCUAGGCUGCCCAAGUUCGGCUCCAGGACCAAAUCCGCCACCGCCCCCCCGACGGGUCCAGCCGCCAGCGACCGCCUCACCAACGGGUUCUACCACCACCCCGGCCCGGCGGGGGUGGGCUGCAGUCCGGCGGCCGCCCCGGUGCCCGCCAAACAGAAUGGAUUCAUUCGGGUGCCGUCCUCGUUUUCCAUGAAGUGGAGGAGGGAAAACGAGUGGACGGCGAAGGACGGAGGAGGCGGCGACGGGGAGAAGGAGCGGAGUCGAGGGAAAGGCGGGAACGUUGGGGAGAACCGGCACGGCAACGACGUCCCUCCAGCUCCGUCGCCGUCUUCUGGCCUUCCCAUGACGUCCUCUUCAUCGCCGCAGUCCAGCACCAGAACUCUUCCCGCCUCCAGAAUCGGAUCGCUCGGGUCCAAACCGAGCCAGACGGCGUUCAGGUUGAACAAACCCAGGGGCGGAGCCAAAGGCUCCCUGAGACCGCCUCAAGACGUCGCUCGUGGCAGCGGUUCUGGUCCCGGUUCUCGCUCUGGCUCCCCCCUCCAGAAGAAACCGCCGGCCGGCCGCUGUUACUCGAGCGACAGCCUCGGCUCGGCUCCGGCCCCCCGACUCUCAGAGAGCGACCGCCUCAGGUCACGCUCCCUGACGCAAGUCCGACAGCAACUGUCCAACAGCCUCACCCCUUCCUCCACCUCCUCCACCUCCUCCACCUCCCGCAAUCCCACCCGCUCCUACUCCGGCAACAGGGCUGCUGGCCGAGGAACUUCCUCGACAAAACCCUCCGUCGCCGGACAGACUCCUGAGGGCGGAGCCAAAGGGGUCAAAGUUCAAAGUCUAGCCUCUUCAGGGAGGUCGGGGCUCAGCAUCCCAUCCCUCCUGCCCCCCUGCGCCUUAAAAAAGCCCCUCCUCUCCGGCUACGGCCCCGCCUCCAAGCCCAGUGGCAUCAGCUACAGGCUGUCGCGGGCGUCGCUCAUCAAGCAGUCCCGCCCCCUCCGAGCCACAUCCAAUGAGCACGGAGAUGAACAGGAAAUGAACCAUGGGCCGACGACUCGGAAGAACUCGGUGGAGACGUCUUCUAGUCCGGAGAGUUCCCCGGAGGCCCCAGAGAGAAAGGACCUGGCGUCCCAGGACGAGGUGUUGGUCAGGGGGGAGACGCUGGAGGACAUGUCGCUGUCCUCCAGCUCGUCCUUGGACAGAAACGACACCAGCCAGGAGUACAUGGACGACUUUGACAACCUCGGGAACGGAGGGGCGGCCAUACUGCUACUCUCCUCCAAAAACGACGAGGACGACUCCGGACUCGACCAAUCGUGCGCCAGGUUUGACGAAGACGUGGCGGGUAGCGGCGCCGAGGCGGCGGGCCUCCGUUUCCUUGACGUCGGCGUGGACUGGUCCGGGCUGAGCGGCGAGCGAGCGGAGAACCGAUCCAACCGCCUGAGAAGGUCCGUUCAACCGGACUACCACGAGCAGGGCGGCUCGUCUCUGGACCUGUCCCCUUCGGACAGUUGUGGGUCGGGAGGAACCUACUUGUGGGACGAGGAGGGUCUAGAGCCGCUGGGAGGGAGGGGCUCUGCUGCCACCACCGCCUCCAUCCACACCUCCAACACCACCCACCACAUCGGGAGCUUCGACUCCGACCUCAACAGCAUUGACGUCCUGAACCACCUGGACUCAUGUGACCUAGAGGAUGAUGACCUCAUGCUGGAUGAAGACCUCCCAGAAGACGCCUCGCUGCACAGCGAUGGAGCGGGUGUCGCCCACAUGGCUCAGUGGAGGAUGAGGCAGCUCUGCUGGGGGACGCAGGACGUCCACAACGACAACGAAAGUGACUUCCACUGCUCCAAGCUUACUGAGGAUUCUGGGAAAAUGAGGACCGACGCGACUGGAGACGGCGACCUCAUCCUGGACCUUUGUCUCCAAAGGUCUCCUGGUUCCCCUGGUCUGGGUGUGGAUGUGGAGGAGCUGGCUGAGGACUGCUCUGCAGUCAGGUCCCAGCUGGAGCACCUGCAGAGGCUGCUGCUUCAGGAGGAGGACGUGGACGAGGACACUCUGACCACGGACACGCUGAGCCCAGAGACCAGCGACGCUCUCACGCAGGUUUGAAUCCCUCAACCUUUAUUCACACAGCCGAGGUUGACAAACAGCGUCAAUUUGAAGCGGCAUGAUGCUGCAUUCAGGCUCCGCCCACAGUCCCGUUUCCUGUGGUUGUCUUAAAACGAGGUAGAACAGGAAGAUGGACUGAUGCUCGUUAUGAAGCCUGACUCAUGUCGGCGUGUGAUGUCAUUGUGGGCGAGACUCUGAAGCCGUGUGUGUGUGUGUGUGUGUGUGUGUGUGUGUGUGUGUGUGUGUGUGUGUGUGUGUGUGUGUGUGUGUGUGUGUGUGUGUGUGUGUGUGUGUGUGUGUGUGUGUGUAGGAUCUCUGGAGCAGGUGCAGCAGCUCAGAGAGGAGCUGAGGUGUUGAGAUCGAACCAUCGCCCACCUCACCAUGCAGCUGGCUGUUCCCACGGCGACUACUGGGUGUCGUUGCCAGGAGACGACGGGACGGAAGGACCGACACACACAGACGAGUGUGGAGGAGAGAGACAGCGUGGAGACGCAGACACCGUGGAGGGGGACGACUGCUCCUCCUCCUCCUGCUCCCUUCCUGUCUCCUCCUUGGCAGUAUCAGCGCUCCAGACCUUACAGAGUGAGGCCGAAGCCCAGCAUCCCCCCCCACCUCGCUAGAAAAAGAGUGGAAAACUUAGUGCUUUACUUCCGUGACACAGCGUGCCACAUGUACUUCACCCCCCCAGACGGGACGAGCAGGAACCAGUGACGCUCCAAGCUCCGCCUCUAGCUGACCCCUGCUCCGCCUCCACCCGCCCCCAGAUCCCCGCCCUCGUGCCCAAGGAAGGGAAGGGAGCAAGGAAGGAGGAAGCAGGGAGAAAAAGAGUCAACGUCAGAUCCCUGCGCCCCCCCCAGCCCUCCAAAUUAAACCUUUUCCCGCCUACAACCUCCAGACCGACCUCCGGGACGUCCCGUGACCCCGCGGGCGACCAGGUCAAGGUGGGAAUGGGGGCCGCCCAUUCAGGCUUGCCCCGCCUCCCCAAACCCAAGAGCCACUCUUUGAUAACUUCCUGUCUCCCUAAAGUCGGAGAUAUUUAAACUUAUUUAUUGUUAAUGUUUUGGCACUGAGAAUAAAGGUUCACACACGUUAUUUUACACCCCCUACAAAAAGGUAACGUCGUCUGACUUCCUGUUUGUCUGACUUCCUGACUAAAUGACUUCCUGUUUGUCUGACUUCCUGACUAAAUGGCUUCCUGUUUGGCUCAUUUCCAGACUUCCUGUCCCUUCUGCAACUACGUCAAAUCAUCUUAUUAUAUUAUCGUGAUGCUUGCAUAUUGAUCCAACAUGGUUCAGUAGUAUAGGACAACGUAGCAUACCUGGUACUUUCACCUUUUGUUAGUUUGUGUACUUCUACUCGUAGUGUUUUCGGACUGUUCGGAAACCGUUUGCUGACUCCGGGUCAGUUAGCGUCAAACCUCAGAGUAGGAAGAGUUUGGUUUAGUGUCUUAACUCUGCGGUAAAACUCCCUCGUGUUCAUACCGGCGAUCUUCUGUCAGGAGGAAAUAUGCAAUGAAAAUAUGCAACGUACUCCGGUCUGCCUGCGUGCCCUGGAGCAAGGCAGCAGCUAGGCUCUGUGGCUCUGCAGAAAAUCCCCAAAAGAAUUCCUGCUGUAAUUACAAAUUAGAAAUACUAUUAUUAUUGUUGUAACUUUGUUGCAAAUAACAGCUGGAGGAAAAAAUGUCAAUUUAACACUCAAUUGAUCUUUGAGUCAUUUUCUCUUUGAAACGAAGAAGAAACUGAAACUAUUCAAAGGUUUUGGUUGUUGAACCGAUAUUAUAUCCUGUGUCCUCUAUUUGAUAAAAACUGAUAUGAGACUAUUAUUGUUUACUACUCGACCCCCGACUCUGCUUUUAAGUUAUAUAGACAUUUUAAUUUGUUAUUGAAUUUGUCUUUCUUUAACUUUGAAAGGAUCUGGUGUGUGAAUCCUUAAGUUCACUAAACACAAGGUAGAAGACUGAACAUUUCCUGUUUUUGUCAUUCAUUCACCCACUAAUUAAUUAAAUUAUGGUUUUAAUCCCUCACCACACUACUUUCUGGAGAUUUUUCACAAUAAAAGCCUUUCAAAGCAAGGAGAGCUUAUUGAGGCUUUUAUUGUCAAACCCUACAUUCAGGCAGGAAGUGUGAGUGUCACAGAAGCAUAAAUAAAAAAAAGCAAAAAUAAAUACAGUGGUUAUGAAUUUGCAGAGCUGUAUAAAUCAAACAUUCUCAGUGGAGAAUUUUUACAGUAAGAGGCUUUGUUCCCAAUAAUAUUUCACUGUAUCUAAUCUCCUCAGCUACACCUGGAAUAAUCCGAAUAAUGCACUCAUGUAUCUACGGUAUCAUUCUACAGUAUAUCCACUCUGCUGUGUCCUGUAAUUGUGUUGUUUUGAGGAUAUUCUUUUAUUUUGAAAACUUGAAGGUAUACAGGUAUUUUAUAUUAACAAAAACCCUGCUGUUUUUUUCUGUGCAAUAAUUCUGGAGAUGUUUUAACUCUUAUUUAAGUGCUAAACUGUACAAAGUCUUACUCACUGUAAUUAUUAUUAUUAAUAUGACUUAACUGACAUGUGACCUUGAAAAAGUUUCUCAUUCUGAAAAAUGCACUUUAAACAACCGUAAGGAGACAACGUGACGUCUCGUUCUAAAGAAAAAGUUUGAUUUUCUGUGUUUUUGUGUUUAAUAUUCAUGAGAUUUAUUCUGUCUUUCUUUGCUCAAACUGCUGCAUUUAUGUCACAUCAGGGAAACUAAAACUGCUUUUACUUUCAGGAGGUUUGAGGAGUUCAGAUGAAUUUCCUGUAAUGAAGUUUUAGUUUAAAUAAAUGAAAAGAAGUGUUCUGAACAACCGUCUCUCAUGUGACCUAAAUGCAGCUUCCUUCCACUGAUCGCAUCCGCCUCAAACCCGUGACAUCACUUCCUGUUCUGGUGUCCGGGGGCAGGUAGUGUAGCCCCGCUGUGAUUGGCCGACACGGCUCCCUGCUGCUCUGGCUCGUAUUUAUUGCCCUCGUCUGUCAUUGGCUGAGACCCUCUGUGAUGCUGCUGAGAAGCAGAAUGCUUGAAAAUAAAAGUAAUCUACAGACUGAAA